AUGGAGUGUUCUCGGAGAUGCGAUGGUGGAGUUCAUAGGAUUAGUGAGUUGCCUGAUGAAAUUGUUCUUGUCAUAUUGUCUUUCCUAUCAUUGAGGGAAUCUGUAACCACUAGUGUUCUUUCUUCCCGAUGGUUGGAUUUGUGGAAACACAUCCCUAAUCUCAACUUGGAUGCGAAGCUUCUAACCAACCAAUAUAAGAAGCCUAUACGACGAAGCAAUACAUGGUAUGCUGAAAUGUGCAAGUAUAUAGAAAUAGUAAACUCGGUUCUCCAACCGCAUAAAGCCCCUUGGCUGAAAGAAUUCAGAAUCUCUUUGAUUGCAGACAAGUCAGCGCAGUGCGCAGUCACCAAAUGGCUUGAAUUUGUGCUUUCAAGACAAGUUGAGAGGUUGGAAUUGGACUUGCAAUGUCAGGGUACAUGUAUUAAGGUUUCGAGUUAUGUGGUUUCCCUUGAAGAGUUGUUAAAAGACAGACCUCAAAAUCUCAUUGGUUUUAAAUCCCUCAAGAGUUUGUGUCUGAAAGGUUUCAAUGUGAGUGGCGAGGCUAUAGACUCGUUCCAACGGUAUACUCAUCACAGAAAUUGGUACUUGAGAAUAUCCCAAAAACUUGUUGGUGCAGAUUUUGAUACAAGAACAAGACCUGCAGGAGCAAAGCAUUUUGCUCGUGCAGCCCGACUGCAAUUUCUCACCUUGGAUCUCUUCUAUCCCGAUGUGUUCUUUGCGAAUGCCUUUCCUCAAAUUCCUAUGUUGAAGAAUUUGGCUGUUAAAUAUAGUGGAGCGUAUGAACACGGUCUCUUCCCUGUAACGGCUUUGAUACGAGCAUCUCCUCGUCUUCAAGUAUUCAGAUUAGAGGUUGAUCUCUCUUUCCUCUGGUGUAACCGCCUCCCGUCGACCGCCAAGCGCUUCUCCAACCAAGAGCUCAUAAUCGAGGCGCUCUACUUCGGCAUCGAGUCACCGCUCCGAGCCAUGCUAUGCUGGCUUCGAGCUGGAUCAACAGGAUUGAUGCCUCGCUAUUCACCACCGUGA